GUCAAAAUAGCAUCCAUUCGUCACGUUCGAACCAGCGUGGAAAGCAAAAGUUCGCUCGCUGUUUUUUUGGUCAAACUUCGCCCGGACACGCUCGGUCCUUCUCCGCGUUCUGUCGGCCAGCGUGUGCGGCGUCAUGGCGGGCAGCUGGUGGAGCAGCACGGCGGUGACCCACUGCCUGACGGCGCUCUUCGCCAUGGGAUCCUGGGUUUCCGUCAACAGUCUGUGGGUCCAACUCCCGGUGAUCGUCAGAGACCUGCCCGAAGGCUGGAAUUUGCCGGCCUAUCUCUCAGUCCUGAUAGCCUUCGGGAACCUGGGUCCAGUGGCGGUGACCAUCACCCACCACUGCGCGCCGGGCCGCCUCAACGAGCGCCUGGUCAUCCACUUCAUCCAGGGGCUGGCGGUGGUGGCGUCCGCCUUGCUGGCUAUUUUCUGGUGGCACAAGGUGACGGUGGUCGGGCAGGAGAGGUCCGUGCCCUUCUUCUUCUUCACCUUCGUGCUGUCUCUGGUCUGCUGCACGUCCAACGUCACCUUCUUGCCGUUCAUGUUCCGCUACCCGCCGCAGUACAUCCGGACCUUCUUCAUCGGACAGGGCCUGAGCGCUCUGUUCCCGUGCGUGGUGGCUCUGGGGCAGGGCGUGGGCAAGCUGGAGUGUCGCAGCGUCAACGGCACCGUGCAGCCGCAUUACCUCAAGGAGCAUUUCCCGGCGCAGAACUUCUUCUGGUUUUUGUUUGUCAUGCUGUGCGUUUCAGCGCUGAGCUUCCUGGCUCUGACGCGGCGUCCGCUGCCUUCGCAUCAAGACCACGCCGCGUCCCCUCCGGUUAAGAACGCGGACGAGACUGACCCGCUGAGCAACGGCAGGUCGCAGGCGUCCGAUGAGCGGGCGCAGCUGGAGGACUCGGCUCCCGCUCAGACCUUUUGGACCGUGCACAACAUCUACCUGUUGGCGCUGCUGGCCGUCUCCAACGCCCUCACCAACGGGGUGCUGCCCUCCGUCCAGAGUUUCUCCUGCUUGCCGUACGGCGCCAUGACCUACCACCUCUCCGUGGUUCUCGGAAACAUCGCCAACCCUCUGGCCUGCUUCGUUGCCAUGUUUGUGAGCCUGAGGUCUUCGGCAGGUCUGGGUUUCUUGUCUUUGGCCGGCGGGGUCUUUGCUGCGUACCUCAUGGCUUUGGCCGUCCUCAGUCCAUGUCCCCCACUGCAGGGGAACUCUGCUGGGAUGGCGUUGGUGGUGAUCUCCUGGAUCGUCUUCACGGGCCUCUUCUCCUACCUGAAGGUGGUGAUCGGCACUUUGCUGCACGAGGCGGGUCACGCCGCCCUGCUGUGGUGCGGCAUCUCCAUCCAGGCGGGCUCCCUGGUGGGCGCCCUGGCCAUGUUCCCGCUGGUCAACGUCUACGCUCUCUUCACCCGGUCACAGGACUGCGUGAACAACUGUCCCAGAUAAGAACUUGUUUUCUUGUUUUAUUUUUAUUUUUAAAGGCUCCGAUGUUUAUUGGCGCAGGUCCUGAGGAGCUCCAGAAAAACAAUGAGAGCACUGUGUCGUUUCCACGCCGACCGAAGGGCUAUAACAUGUCGUACAACCACGCGAACGAACCUGUCCAUGUGAUGUUUUUUUAUUUUUUACUCAGGGAAUUAAUCUUCCUCACUCAACAAACUACAAUCUGCACUUGUUGCUUAAUACGUGUUAAUGUGGUAUUGAUGUGAACAGCUGUGAAUCAACGCGUGCACCCUUAAGUAAACAACAAUUAGGGGUGUCCUGAUGAGAUGCUGAUAAUGGAUGUCAGUCCAAUAUCAUUAAAAAAACAAGUGUGGGAUCAUACAUGUGCGCCUGCAUGCAGAAUGUGUGAUAUCAUGUCCGAUACAAGCGGUCCUGCUACGUGUUGACUUGUGCAAACGUCCACCAAUAAGCACACAAUUUCCUCUAUUAGUCAAGUCAUUUACAAAAAGUAAACAUGAUUUUUGUUUUAAAAAUAAGGAAGCAUACCUGCCAACUACUCCGGUUUUCCCGUAAUUAGUAUGGUUUUCAUCAACCUAUUCCGGGUUACGGUUGCAGUGAUAAAAAAUACGGUUUUUCAUUAAUUAAAUUUUUUAAUUUUUUUUUAAGUUUUAUUCACAAAAUCGCGUAACAACAAUGACAAUCGACACUGCUUACCGUAACUUCCUAUCGAGCCAUUCCG